AUGUCUGGCACGCCGGCAGCGGAAGUGCCCCUAUCUCCUCCCAAUGUGGUUACAGCGCUGAAUGCAUCUGUGUCGAGUGAUGCUGUUAUGAGAGGUAUGGCUAUUCAGCAGCUACAACGAUGGGAGACGGCACCGGGAUACGCUCUCAUGCUCCUCGGUGUGUACCUCGACGCGAGCACUGACACACAUUCCAAGUUCCUUGCUAUCACCAUGUGCAAAAACACAAUUGGACGAAAUUGGCAACCCAGAUCCUCACAGUGUAUUAGCCAAGAGGAACGGAAUCAGUUAAAGCAGAAGCUCGUCGGGAUUCUCUACAACACGGAUAUCGCGAAGCUCGAGCAAUUGGAUCAGUUCAUUCUGCUACUACGCCGGGUUUGCCGCGCCGAAUUCCCUGCGAAGUACAACUUCGGAUUGGGAACUAUGUCGCAUACUCGAUGGAACAACUCUAAUACUUCUCUGCAUUGGUUUUCAAAAGCUUUAUUUGGUCCCGUCUGGGCCCAGCAUCGUGGCGAGCAUAUUCCAACGACUACACCUACUGCCGACAAGGAGUUCAUGGCAUACCAGAAGGAUCUGAAGAGCCUUCUGAAGUGGUUCGCCCAGAUAGUGCACACGCACCCACUCGCCUUGGCAGAGUGUGGCGUUGACAAGAUGCUCACCACGUUUCUAGCACCUGGCAGCGGUUGGAUUCACCUUGAGUGCAUGCCUGAGUUCUUCUAUCAAUACCUGAUCAAUAUUAUACAGUACUGUGUGAACUGCACUGCUUUCCGAAAGGGCAUCAGUAACGUUACAACGAGCCAGGCUGAGGACGAACAAAUGCGGCAGAAAUUGAUAAGCAUUCUCCAUCCCCAGUUCGUCAACUUCAUCACCAACUCGGGUGGCUUGGGGUCCGCUAUAGUAGAGCCAGUGGUCAAUGCAGGACUGUGUGUGAAUCGGGAUAGGCUCAAUGAGUGGAUCGACGAGCCGGAGCAGUACCUCACCGGUCCGCCUUGCGUUGCGACUGACCUCCGACUGGCGACAGAAGCCUGCUUGUUGGCUGUUCAGCAGGAGCCUUUCACACAGGCUCUUACUGAGUACGUUGCGGGAGCCGCGAAUGGACUAGUGGGAUCUAUUGGCCAACUGGCAGCCUGUUCCUCCUCGUCAGCAGCAGCUAAGGAACUGAGCAAGUGUGAUGCUGUAGUAUCCAUGUUAAAUCUGUAUCAUACAAUUCUGCGAAAGGUCGGCGAAAACGAAACGGAUCCUAAUCGGAAGUAUGCGGCGCUUAUAGUUGACCAAGUGGCGGUACCAAUACUCCAACAACAGCCUAGUGUAGCCAACGUUCAUCUCAAGUACCGAGCCCUCAUGGUGAGAUUCCAAGCAGUGCUCUCCCUACGAUCAAUAUUCGACCGAGAUCCGGAGCACCCAAUAUGGGCAACUGAUGGGCUCCUGUCGAACAUCAUAGGUCAGGCUAUGAGCAUGCUAGGCAGUUCAGGGGGAGUCGAUGUGCCUGAGGCUGACUGGCGACUCCUGACUGCAGUCACAAGCAUCGUCAAUGAGAGCGAGCUGAGCGAAGCGUUGCAGAUGCCACUCUUGCAGACGUUGGUGAAUCUGUGGCGGAGCCCUGAUACGGACGAGUUGGUCAAAUUCGCCUUAUUGGACUUAGUCAAAGGCCUAUUGGCAAACUACUACUCUGCGUCAACGUACUCAGUGGGGAAGGAGUUGAAGACCUAUCCAUCACUUGUGGAGUGUAGCUUGACUAUGGCGAUGGAUGCCUCGGGAUUAGCUGGACAAGUUCCAUACCCUUCUUCGACUGGCUCGAGCCCCACGUGUUCGCCCUUACGAGUUGGGCGCACACCCGCCAACGCCCCUCCACCGUCACCGGCCAAUCAAGCUACUGUCAUGGGAGCACUGUCGGCCACCCAGGGGGCGUGCUCUACCAUCGGAGAGGCAGGACUGUCGCUGUUGGUCAGUGUCCUUCGGGCCGUCCGAGGCCAGGAACAGGUUGCUCGUGUCCUACCGCUCUUCCCUCGGUGUCUGGCUAGGUUCUCAGCGCAGUCUGUGGAAAAUUCGGAGCUGGCAGAAGUUGACAUCGAUAUCAUCACUGAAUUUGUGGCGUUGCAUCUGUUGCCUGAGUACAACCCGAACGCUGUGGAAGCGGUGAAGUCGAACCCCCGUGGGCAAUUCUCGGCACAAGGGGCCGAGGCUCUCUCGGCUCACUUCGAGACCAUAGCUAGAGGGAUUAAACUGCAUAUACAGCAUCGAAUCGACCUGUAUUCGCAGGAUCCUGAGAUGAAUGCCCCUAAGGCGGCUGAUGAUAGAGUAGCUGAUAAGGUCUUCCGGUUGGUACGGAUACUCCUUGUGGUUGACGAGAGGCUUGUGGAGCAGAUAGCCUUUCCCCUCUACCAGCAUUUCCUUACCUACUUCCCUGCACCAGCAGGCCAGCCGGCGAACGGACCCAAAUCGACACCACUCUACCCUUUCCGAGAAGAACCUCUGUUGAUGACAUUCGCGACGGCGAUCGCCCAUCACCCUCAGAAGUUCCUGUCUUUGGCAGCUAGUGGCGGUCUGGAGUCGGUCGCUGUGGGAGUUCAGAAACUGAUAGGAUGCUACCUCCUUCCUUCGGUGAGUCAGCGGUGUCUAGUCCUGGCGGUCCCUAUGAUGUUGCUGUCUGCUGUGGCUGAUGGCCGAUUGGUCGGCCCGGAGGCGAAGGCCCUGUGGGUGUCUCUGUGGAAUCAACUGGAUUGCCUGGUGGACCAGGUGGAGACUGCACAGGCGAAGGCCGGUGGUCCAUCGGGAGUCAGCGGUCUGCUAACUUCCACUCUGCGGGAGCUGCGUUCGAGGGUUCCCUCCCAUGCCAAGACGCCAUAUCCCUAUCGGGUUAGCGCUUGUAUGAUAGCGUCUAGUCUGCCACCAGACGUAGCCUAUGCUCAGGACCAGGCCAUGCUGGAGUGGGUGCUCAAGGUGGCUGUCGGCACUGUCACCUCAUUCGACCAGCGAGUCGGGAAUGAUGCUGGGCGAACCCUGCUGGGUUUCAUAGAGUCCGAUAGACUCACACAAGUUGUCGGACAAGUUGCUGCUGCUGCUGGUCCAUCCUUCCCUCCUACUACUACGUAG